AUGCUGACUUGCUGCGCAAAGAUCUUUCUCUUGUCCAAAGAUGGUGACAAUACUAAGAUAGGCUGGUCUCGGUCUCUCCGCGAGAAGAGAGAGUCAUACAAUGAACGUCGUGACCACUUUCUCAAGUUCAUAAAUCACCCUGAGGCUCUCACAGAGCUCACCAUUGAUCCUUUGGCUGAUGACCCAAAAUCCCCUUGGAAUACUGUCCGCGAAGACGAAGUUACCAGAGCGGAAAUCUUGCAGGACGUCCAAAGGCUGCCCGAUGAAGCAAACUAUCACGAAGACUAUAUGCAGCGCAUGAUUCUGGACAUCCUCUUUGUCUACUGCAAGGUGAAUCCAAGUAGGGGUGGCUAUCGACAGGGGAUGCAUGAACUUCUGGCUCCUAUACUACACGUUGUCGAGCAGGAUGCCCUGGAUCGAGAAUCGACUACCGCCAGUGAUGACGAGGAUAACCUCGAGGAACUGAUGCUCGAAACAAUCGACCAGUCAUUCGUUGAGCACGAUGCCUUCAUCUUAUUUUCUCAGUUGAUGGAGCACGCUCAGUCAUUUUACGAGGUCAAAGAUGUGCCCAACUCAAGCCCGCCGACUGACGGUCCAUCACAACCUCGAUUUCCCGAGCAAAGCUCUGCCAUUGUCGAGCGGAGCAAAUUCAUUCACGAAGUCUGCUUACAAAAGGUUGACCCAGAACUAGCAGCACAUCUCGCAAGUAUAGAGAUACUCCCCCAGAUAUUUUUAAUCCGCUGGAUUCGACUUUUAUUCAGCCGAGAAUUUCCUUUUAACCAGUUUCUUGUGCUUUGGGAUACAAUUUUGGCCGUCGAUCCUUCGUUAGACCUUAUAGACCUCGUUUGUUGCGCCAUGCUGCUGCGAAUCCGCUGGCAACUGUUAGAAUCUGAUUAUUCUGUUUGCCUGCAACUACUUCUCAAGUACCCACCACCCAAUCAGUUGCACGGACCUCAUACGUUCGUCGAUGAUGCACUCUAUCUCCGGGAUCACAUGAAUGCACAUGGAGGCGCAACCCUGAUCAAGAAAUAUUCGGGAAGACUUCCCAAUGUCCAAAAGAGCGCCGAGCCUGCUGAACGCGUCAGCUCACCCCUUGCCGGACUCGAUUCGAUUCGCAAAAAGGGGUUUGGACUGAAGUCACCAAUCCGCUCGCCAUCAAAAUUUCUUCAGCAGCAGGGUGGAGUGGAAAAUAUGAUCCAGGGCGUGCUGGAGAAGAGUGAAAAGCUGGGAAUCAAUCAGGCGUUACGAGAUGCCGUUGGCGAAAUAAAACGAAACAUGCAAGGCCUAAACGAAGGCCUUUCUUCACCGUAUCCGAGAGUUGUUCUGGCUGACGAUGGCGCUGUCAAAGCAUUGGCUGUUAUGCAGAGACGGAACGACCAACUGGCAAGUUUACUCGAGGAGACCGUCAUGAGCUUGAGGGCGCUAUCCCUGUCCAAUCUUGAAGACAAGGCUCGAAGCCUUGGCAUAAUUGAAGUUGCAGCAGCCAAAGUCCAAUUUGUGCAAAUAUAUCUGCAAGACGCCACGAUGGACAUUCCCACCGCAGACUCCCCUACCUCUGAAGAAGCUCAACUAGCGGCUGAGAAAAGAGGGGACAAGGAAAUCAAGAAAGCGUCACCACCUGAAAAAGAAAACCAACCUUUAUCACCCGGAUCUGGCACCAACGUGUCCGGCCCGAACCCCUCGAAAGCAAACACAAAGCUGGGAGAUGUAAAGAAGCCUAAAGAAAUCCAAGACCCACUCUCUAAUGCAGCAGAAGCCACAAGCAAUGAUUCCAAGAAAGAGGAGGUGUUGAGUGAAGGCCAACUCAAGGCUCCAGUGACUAUAUCUAUACCUGCUAGAUCGACUAUAGCACAGUCUUCAUUCUCAUGGAUGCUGGAGCCGGAAGAGUCUGGGCCGCCACAAACGCCUCCAGUAGGCAAAUCACCUACAGCUUCACAGAAGAGGCGUAACAACAAUGCUAGCCGGGAAAAGAAUGCGUUCCUGUUCGGAGAAGCGCCGGCGGAAUUGGAUGAAAGAGACCCCCUUAGAUCUGGCGACAUAUUUGGGAUGGAGCCCAUGCCAACCCCGCCAGCUAAGGGGAAAUGA